AUGUUAGCCAGAAAGAUAGCCAUAGUAGGGGCUGGUUCUGCUGGACUGGCUGUUCUUCGUCAGUUUUGUGUCCCCACAAUACAUAACCAACAAGAAAAAGAUGAAUAUAGAUUCGAAGUCACUUGUUUUGAGCAACUUUCAGAUGUUGGGGGUUUGUGGAUUUAUUCAGACGUCAUCACUGAUGUCAAUCAUCCAGUUGGUAGUCAGUACACAGCUGUGUAUAAAAGCCUGAUUACUAAUCUACCCCACCAAAUUAUGGCCUUCACUGAUUUUCCAUUUCCUAAAGAAUUACCGACGUAUGUGGGGCAUGAAGUAGUGAAAGAUUACCUGCAAAGUUACUCUGACCAUUUUAAUUUAAAACAAUUCAUUCAAUUUAACACGAGGGUAAUUGACAUAAAACCCCAAAUUGUGAUUGGUCACGAUGACAUUUGGUCUGUUUCAGUUGAAAAUGUCCAUUCAAAGAUAAUUACAAAGCAUACAUUCGAUGCAAUCGUCAUUUGUAAUGGACAUUUUUCAACGCCAAACUACCCAAGAAUAGAAAAUUUAGAUAAAUUUUCCGGAAAAUUAGAACAUUCUAUGGUGUACAGGAAUGCAGAAGAUUACAAAAAUAAAAGAGUUCUCAUAAUUGGAGGGGGUCCGAGCGGGGUCGAUAUUGCUUCUGAGGUUUGUCAGUUUGCCGAGAAAAGUAAUAACCCGCAAUCUGUCGAAAAUGACCUUAAAACUACACUAACAAUAUCCGAUAAGGCGCCUCCAAGCACGGCCCAUCUCACACAAAAUCCGAAUGUGCGAUCCAUCGACAACAUCGAUUGCAUCAUAUGUUGUACGGGCUAUUUAUACAGCUAUCCAUUUUUAGGUUCUGACAGUGGUGUGGCUGUCCUUGGCCCCGCCCACGUUGGGCCCCUCUAUAAAGAUUUGAUUAGUGUGAGGAGGCCCUCACUAGCUUUCCCGGGUCUUCAAUCCUCAAUCAUUCCAUUCCCUCUCACAGAAUGUCAAGCCAAGUUUUUAAAAGCUCACCUAUCUGGUAAAGUUAAAUUUCCUAAAACCGGCAAAGAGUUGGAUGAAGUUUUGAGUAGAGAUGUCGAAGCGAAAAGAGCUAGUGGUGUAAAUAUUGAAAGUGACCCCCAUAGGACGGGCGUCUGGCAAUGGCAAUACAUGAAUGAGUUGGCGGCCUUGGCUGGAUUCGAACCUCCUCCUAGUUACUAUCCUGCUUUGCAUGCUGCUGUUAUCAAGGAUAGGAAAGAAUCAUUACAAAAUUACAAGUCUAAAGAGUAUAAAAUUAACGAAGAUGGCACUUUUUAUGAAGUUUUGUAA